AACUAUCUGUACGUGACAAAAUAGUCUCACUUGUAGGCUCGUUUGAUAUUGAGGUUCAUCAUUAGAUCUCAGUCCAUCCCUACUCUCUGCCAAUACCUCUCUCCCGCUUCAGAUCGGAGGGAAAAAGAAAAAGAGUUUCAAGUUCAAACAUGGGUGUGGCUCAAAACAAUCUUGAUUUGGAGGAGGGAACUUUGGAGAUAGGAAUGGAAUAUAGAACUGUAUCUGGAGUCGCUGGACCAUUGGUCAUUCUUGACAAAGUUAAGGGACCCAAAUAUCAAGAGAUUGUUAAUAUUCGUUUAGGAGAUGGAACUACUCGACGUGGGCAAGUUCUAGAAGUCGAUGGCGAAAAGGCUGUUGUUCAGGUUUUCGAAGGUACUUCUGGGAUUGACAAUAAAUUUACAACUGUGCAGUUUACUGGAGAGGUGUUGAAAACUCCUGUCUCAUUGGACAUGCUUGGACGCAUAUUUAAUGGUUCUGGAAAACCUAUUGAUAAUGGUCCACCCAUAUUACCUGAGGCUUACUUGGAUAUAUCAGGAAGUUCUAUCAACCCUAGUGAAAGAACCUAUCCAGAGGAGAUGAUACAGACAGGAAUAUCUACAAUUGAUGUCAUGAAUUCCAUUGCCAGAGGUCAAAAGAUCCCUCUUUUCUCAGCUGCUGGACUUCCCCAUAAUGAAAUUGCUGCUCAGAUAUGUCGCCAGGCUGGCUUAGUCAAGCGAUUGGAGAAGUCUGAUAAUCUUCUUGAGGGUGGGGAAGAAGACAAUUUUGCCAUUGUGUUUGCAGCUAUGGGAGUUAACAUGGAGACUGCACAAUUUUUUAAACGUGACUUUGAGGAGAAUGGCUCGAUGGAGAGGGUGACUCUUUUUCUUAAUCUGGCAAAUGAUCCUACAAUCGAACGCAUUAUCACUCCUCGUAUUGCUCUUACAACUGCUGAAUAUUUGGCGUAUGAAUGUGGGAAGCAUGUUCUUGUGAUACUCACAGAUAUGAGUUCUUAUGCUGAUGCUCUUCGUGAGGUAUCUGCUGCUCGGGAAGAAGUGCCUGGAAGGCGUGGUUAUCCUGGUUACAUGUAUACAGAUCUUGCAACAAUCUAUGAACGGGCUGGAAGAAUUGAGGGGAGAAAAGGCUCCAUUACACAAAUUCCAAUUCUGACCAUGCCAAAUGAUGAUAUCACACAUCCAACUCCUGAUCUUACGGGAUACAUUACUGAGGGGCAGAUAUACAUAGAUAGGCAGCUGUAUAACAGACAGAUAUACCCACCAAUCAAUGUCCUUCCAUCACUAUCUCGGUUGAUGAAGAGUGCCAUUGGUGAGGGAAUGACCCGAAGGGAUCAUUCUGAUGUUUCGAACCAGCUCUAUGCAAAUUAUGCCAUUGGAAAGGAUGUCCAGGCAAUGAAAGCUGUUGUUGGAGAAGAGGCGCUUUCAUCUGAGGACCUGCUGUAUCUGGAAUUUUUGGACAAGUUUGAGAGGAAGUUUGUUACCCAGGGAGCUUAUGACACCCGCAAUAUCUUCCAGUCACUAGAUCUUGCAUGGACUUUGCUUCGGAUUUUCCCCCGUGAGCUGCUUCAUCGUAUACCAGCAAAGAUUCUUGACCAAUAUUAUAGCCGAGACGCCAGUAAUUAAUGGAUUGGACUUUGACUUUGCUCGAGCAUUUAUCCCCUGCUCAAGCAGUUCUCCAUGACCUUGGGAAUUAAUUUAUUCCUUUGCUUUCUCGCCAAAAGUCGUACAAGAAUAAAACUAAUGAAGGUUAGAGUCUGGCUUGGUGCAUCAUAUUUCAGCGUCCUGUCAGAUAUAAAACCACGUAGAUCUUGAGAUUCCGGUGUCAUUUCUUUUGGGGAGGAAGUUUUAGUCGUGUUGUAUUACCAUGGCGCUAUUUGUAUUUUGGAUUUUCGUUGCAGUUAGGUUUUGGUGGAUUGCGAAGCCUUUCCAUGUAUGUUGCUUGUUUCAUUGUAUUAUUCAUUUUGUAGUUAAAAUCAGGAGCGUUACUAUCAGUUGGGCAAUUCCUUGAUGUGUUUAUCUGCAUUGUUAUUGGUAAGUGAAACAAGUUUUUAACAUUUCCUGUCAA